AUGGCGUUCCCCGCGCGGCACCGCGCGGCGUGCACCUGGCUGCUGCUGGCGAUGGCGGCGGCCGAGCCAAAGCCGGUCUAUCCUCGGCAGAUGAGCUACAAGUGCACCAUGAAGGUGAAGCCAGGGAUCAAGGACAUCUUCGCUGGCAACAACUUCACGGGCACUCAUUAUUUGAACGCGGACUUGAAGCUCAUGCGCACCGAGUGGAAAAUGACCUGCCCGCAUGGCAGCUGUGGUCAGUUCGGGCCAAGUCCCACCUCCGUGGGCAUCAAUGCGCAUGGAGAAGAGCAGGCAAUGUACCAAACCUUCGCCAAUGAACGGCUCCCUCCUGGGCCGGGUGGGGCAUUGGCAGUGCAAUGCCAGAAGCUUCCACUGCAUUCCCCAGUCUUCAACGAGACCUGGGCGGACGAUGCCGUCUACCGGGGUGUGCACUACCUGGAUGGCAGGCUUUGCCACCGUUGGUCCAACACGGUUCCUUGGGCGAUCCAACGUGUGCAACGGAUCUCUGACUACUAUUCCGACUUCUAUACCAACUUGCCAGUGGCAUCCAUCAGUGAAGAUGAUGCCAUUGACCUUCGUUAUGAGACCUUGACCAUCUUGAACCUGCAGCCUCAACCAGAGGCCUUGUUCAAUGUGUCGGGUCUCCACUGUGCAGAGCCGGGGCCCGGCUCCGACGCGCACCCUGGCGCGCGUGAGAUGCUGAUCUGA